AAAUUUUAGACGAAGGCCCUUGUAAAUUCCUGGAAAACUGCAACAGGUCACGCACGCACUCGAUCUCAAUCUCCUGUCCCUUCUAGGAGGCGGCAGCCCUAAUCCUAAUAAGCUCCACCGCUCAAGUCCCCAACGGCGGCCGCGCCGCCGCCGCCGCCGCCGCCACCGCCGAACAUCCCAACCCAUAUCCCUACAGAUCAAGGCCGAGCUGUCAUCAGUGGCGCCCUUCCGAGGGCUGCAGGUGGUCGCCUUCGUGCCCUCGAUUGUCUGCUGCUAGCUGACCGUGGCGCUCAUGGAAGGUGCAGAUCGUGGCCAAGCCGUCCUCGGUGGCACGGUGGCGCGGUCGUGAAAGUACAGCUCGGGGGAAUCACUUGAUGUGCUCUCAUUCCGGCGACAUUCGAGGACCAGUGAAUGGAAGGCAGUAGCUGCCCACCACCGUCAGCUGCUGCCUCUGUUCCUACGAGUAAACCAAAAGUACCAGCUUUACCAGCAAUGGAAUCAGUUAAUAGUUUGGUAAUGCCAGAUUAUUUGAGCGAUGCAAACUCUGUUGCUGAGAUCAACUCCCCAAUGCUGAAUAUUGACACUUCUAGCACACCCAAAAAGAGGAAAACCUUCUCUCGAGAUGGUUUUUUGUUUAUCCCUGAAUGUACUGAGGAAAUGAAGCCAAAAAUAGGAAUGUUGUUUGAAGAGAUUUCGUCCGCGGAGAAGUUUUACAAGCAAUAUGCUCACCAUGUUGGAUUUUCUGUCCGCCGUGCGCAACAAUUGAUAGUGAAGGAAGUACUUCAGUGGAAGCGCUUCAAAUGCGCAAGGGAAGGUUACCGGUCAAGCAAAGGUACGGUUACUGCUAGCCCUCACAACAAAAAACGCAAGGUCAUCAAAUUGACUAGGUGUGGAUGUGAUGCUCAGAUGUACGUCAAACGAGAUUCUGAUGGAAAAUAUAAGAUAGUCUCAUUUAUUGAGCAGCACAACCAUGAACUAGUGUCACCUAGCAAGCAACACUUGAUCAGAUCAAACCGACAAGUCAAUGAAAAGGCAAAGAGAGUAUUAUAUGAUUGCCACAAAGCUAGCAUAGGCCCUUGCAAAGCAUAUCGGUUGCUCCAUGUUAGUGGUGGAGGGUUUGAUGGCGUGGGCUGCACAAAGAGAGACUUUCAAAAUUAUUAUAAUGACUUCAAAAAUAAAAUCAAGGACUGCGAUGCACAAAUGCUAGUGGACCAACUUGGCAGGAUGAAGAAACUCAAUGCUGCAUUCUUCUUUGAAUAUGAAGUCGAUGAACAUGGUAAGAUGGUGCGCUUGUUCUGGGCGGAUGCCACGAGCAGGAAAAACUACCAACAUUUUCCUGAUGUCCUGUCCUUUGAUUCUACAUACAGUACUAACCAGUACGACAUGAUUUUUGCACCCUUUACUGGCAUCAACCAUCACAUGCAAAGUGUUUUCUUUGCCGCUGGAUUUCUAGCUGAUGAGACAAUUGAAGAGUACACUUGGAUGUUUCAGGCCUUUCUAAGAGCCAUGGGAGGGAUAGCACCGCGAUUAAUCAUAACAGAUGAGUGUGCUCGUAUUGGGGGUGCCAUUAGAGCCGUUCUCCCAAAAAGUAUUCAUAGGUUGUGCAUGUGGCACAUUCUUCAAAAAGUUCGUGACAAGGUGGAACCUUCUAUUGCAGGUGAUGAAAAAUUCUGGGAGAGGCUUAAUAGGUGUGUGUGGCAAUCUGAAACACCUGCCAAAUUUGAGGAGAGGUGGCAUGCUCUCAUAUCUGAUUUCAAGUUAGAGGGCAAUGUUUGGUUAGCUAAACGGUUUGAUCUCCGAAAGUCGUGGAUACCAGCGUAUUUCAUGGACAUUCCUUUGGCAGGUAUUCUUCGAACCACUUCGAGGUCAGAGAGCGAAAAUGCCUUUUUCAAGAGUUUUGUCGGCCGCAAGUUGGCUUAUGUUGAGUUUUGGCUGCGGUUUGACACGGCUUUGCAAUGUCAAAGGCAGGAAGAGUUGAUAGCCGACAACUCAAGUAUACACACAACACCUACUCUGCUCACAACAUGGGAAAUAGAAAGGCAAGGUAGUGAGAUAUUCACGCAUGAGGUAUUCGCUUUAUUUCAGAAACAGGUGAAUGCAGCCAGAGAGGAUUGUGAUAUCCAGACCACAACAAUUAUGGAUGGGACAAAAGUAUUUGAGGUUAGCGAUGCUUGGGGAGUUAGGGAAGUCCGUUUUGACAGCACAACCAUGAUUGCCAAAUGUUCCUGUAAGCUUUUUGAGUCUAAAGGUAUUCUUUGUCGGCAUAUUAUACGUGUCUUCAGGGCUUCAAAGAUUAAUGAGUUGCCAAGCAUUUAUGUUCUAAGAAGAUGGGAGAAAAAGUGCAAAAGAGACGCUGUGUAUGAUGGAGAAGGAAACCUACUCGAAGAAAAUGCCACUGGCUCUGCUGAAAGGGCGAUAAGGAAGAAGAUAUCAAUCGCCCGAAACAUACUGGAAGAAAUCAUAAGGGAUGCUAGAGCAUCUGAAGAAGUAGUUGACUUUAUUAACACUAGUUUGAGCAACCUUCAGUCAUCUCUAUUACAGAAAUUUCAAACUGUACCACCAACUCGCCAUGAAGAACAAGAGACUUUUAUUGGGACAAGCAUUCCAACUCAAGUUGCCGUCUUGACAGCUAGUGAUACCUGUUCAAGAGGCACAUGCUCGAGAAUAAGGGGACAUAGAGAUGAUGCAAAAAGCGGAGGAGGGAAAAAGAAGAAAAAAGAUCCCAACCUGAAAGUCCCACGCCAGUGUGGCCUAUGCAAAGAAGUGGGGUUCCAUGACGCACGGAAAUGUCCCAAAAAAACAUAAACGUGUAUGUGUCGGUGACUGUUACAUCCUUCAGGACUUUUAUGUAGCAUAUUAUUGUGUGCUUGUCUGUAUGUUCUUGUAAUCUGCAACUGCAAGGCAUGUAAUGUGAAGUAAGAUGAUGUUGCAGCGUGUUGAUACGUGUGGCCCAGAAUUCUUUAUGUUCUGGUUUGGUGUUUGAGGAAUCUUUGUUGGAUUUUAA